AAACGGUUUAUGUUGAAGGGACACGUCCGCACAUUCAAACUGUCACAGUUAUCAUGCAAUUGCAAGAGUUUCAAACAAACAAAUAUACUCAGCCCUUACACUUCUUCUUAUAUUCACUUUCUUCAAUUCUAUGAAUUAUUAUUCCCACCAAGACGCCACAUUCUCUUCACUGCCGUCGGCACCACUGCAACCGCCAUCUCUGCCACCCUCACCCACCUCUUUUCCCGUCAGUUUCAAACACACCCUCAUGGCGACGCCGGCCAAUUUCCCCCAAAAUCCAUGUGAACCAAAACCCCACUCCACAGUUGGUUGGUCCACCGGUCUCUGCCACUGUUGCAACGACAUUAGUAUCUGUUGCUUGACUUGUUGGUGUCCAUGCAUUACAUUUGGACGCAUAGCUGAGAUGGUGGAUCGAGGAUCAACAUCGUGUGGGAUUAGCGGCGCAAUUUAUUUGGCGAUACUGUGCGUAACGGGUUGCUCGUGCUUGUACUCUUGCUUUUACCGCACAAGAAUGAGAGGACAAUUCUUAUUAGAGGAAAGGCCUUUGAGUGAUUGUUGCACCCAUUGCUUGUGUGAGCAAUGUGCCUUAUGCCAAGAAUAUAGAGAGCUUCAGCAUCAAGGCUUCGACAUGUCCUUUGGUAUAUCCAACAAAUAGUUAUCCUCACUCAA